AUGCCGAAGGACAAGCAAAAGGUUCCCAGUGUGUAUCUCCACACAGAAUCUAUUGCUCUCGACAAUCACGAUGAUGGCCUCAAAGCUUGCCCUUCCUGCGGGGGACGUUUCAAGCCUAUGGGCCUCCCCAGACACAAAGCAACAUGUAUAAAGCGGAUGGCAGAUUUGGCGCAAGACCUUCAAUUAGACAAGCAGCUUCGGAAAGAAAAAAAAGAAGCGAAAAAACUAGAGAAACAAUUUGCAGUGGGAUCUUCGUCAAAACAUGUAUGGGAAAACACCGACACCAAUUUUGACGUAGAAGAUAACUAUGGAUCAUCUCGUUUUCAUGAUGCACCCCCUGUCGGGCUGAACUUCAUGGGGGAAAGUCUUCAAAUAGAUGAUAUCAAAACUGAGUACCACCCUACAAGUGGCCGCACUGCAAAAGUGGACCAUUUCUCUGAUUUCAAACGUGGAUUUUCUGGCAAAGCACGCAUCAAAAACUCAUGUCCGUGGCAGCCAUUCAAAUCCCGGGUCGACUUUGAAUUUGCGGAGGUCGCUCUUGAAGCAGCGUUAAAUAAAGACCAGAUAAAUAGAUUAGUCAAGGUCAUUCACCAGAGUAUACAAGACCCUGGCUCGUUCACUCUGAAAGAUCAAUCUGACCUUUACGAGACAUGGAAGAUUGCUUCUCAUGCCCUAACUCCGUUUGAAAAGACUGUAAUCAAUGUACCAUAUCAAGGCAAAGACCAUUCCUUUGAUGUUCAUUUUCGUUCGCUGUGGGAUUGGGCAUUGGACUUAUUAGGGAACCCGCACCUCUCAGAGCACUUUGUAUUUGAUGCCGAACGGCUUUCCAAAUUUAACGGUGACAAUUUUGUACAAUUCAUUGACGAACCAUGGACAGCUGGGGAUUUCUGGGAUAUUCAAUCAAGGCUUCCAGAUGGUGGAAAGCCUCUAUGUUUUAUUUUAUAUGCUGAUAAAACAAUUCUGUCUUCUUUCGGGACUGUAAAGGGCUAUCCCGUAAUUGCACGAUGUGCAAACUUGCCCACUGAUAUCCGAAAUGGUACAGGUGUCGGAGGUGGAAGAGUUGUAGGGUGGCUUCCGGUGGUGCCGGAAGAUGAGGAACAUAAGGUUGUUGAAUCUUUAGAACUUCACGCCAAGACUGGCUAUUAUUAUCAGCGCACUGAGGGUGAUGUUCUUUAUCUUUUCCCUAUUAUUUUGAUACUUUCUGCUGACUACGAGGAACAUGCUCAUUCAGAAUCUAUAUUACUAGAAGCGGAGCAGCAGCAAACAGCGGCAGACAAGGAAAUUGUCCUCAAGAACUGUGGACUUCGUCCUGUUAAGAAUGUCUUUUGGAGGUUCCGUUACUCUGAUGUGCAUCAAGCAUUAUCUUGGGACCGGCUACAUGCACAUAAUAGUGGCCUAUGGGGCCAUCAUCUCUGGAAGGAGUUUCUAUUCUGGAUAGAAGCAGAGGGCCGAGCAGCAUCCCAUCAGCUUGAUAAUCAGUUCAAUGGUAUGCCUCGUUGGCGAAAUCUGAACCAUUUUGACAGAGUGGCUAGCAUAGAAUUUUCGGAUGCAACAAAGCAUGAAGAUAUAUCCAAGAUGGUUAUCUUUGCUUCGCACAAUAUAUUUGAUGUUCGAUUACACAAGCCAGCACAUCUUCUUUUGAAGAGCAUUCGCCUCUUCCUUGAUGUUGAUAUGUAUACAGGACUAACAGUUCACACGACAGAGACUAUUGCAGCUGGUAGACAAGCUUUGAAGCUAUUUUCACAAGCUAUGGAUGAAUAUUUAAAGGCGGCAGAUGGACUUAGAGACAAAAGUUGGAACUUUCCGAAGAUGCACAUGAAUAAACAUGCAUUUGAAGACAUCGAAGCAAAAGGCGUAACCCGGAACUACAAUACAAAACCAAACGAGCAGUUACAUGGCCCACUCAAGGAUUCUUAUCGAUUCCGAACAAACUUCAAACACGUUGCUGAACAGAUCCUUCAGGCUGACCAUUGGUGUCUGGUGUCAUGCUUUAUCCGCCAGGAUAUAGCAGCUUUUGAUAGCCAGUUAAUGGGUGAUCUCGAAGGGGAUGAAGUUGACUUGAAGAUCACCGAAACGAGUCAUGUGUCGCUAGGCUCAAAGUGUCCUGCAACAUCAUUUCAAGGCCUGGAAGAAGCACGCAAGGAUGAUACAGCAUUCACAAGCUUUCGUAUAAGGCUCUCAAAUUACCUUAACAUAUUUUUCAGCGCAAAUAAUAUAGCAUUCCCUGGUGGGAAACGCAUCAAAUUGGGGGCUGAAGACAAGAUUACAGAAUAUUGUUUCAUGAAAGUUGACUAUGAAUCUAUAGUCGAUUGGCGACAAUAUACCGAUUACCUUCGAUGUAACCCUUGGUUUUACAAUCAUCCACAAUAUGAUUGUGUCCUACUGCAAACAGUGGACUCAAGGAUUUUCGCUCGCCUCAUCAUGCUAUUUAUUUGUACCAUUGAUCAGGUUGAUUAUCCGUUUGCGCUGGUUCAACCAUAUGAUGCUCCAUCACGCUCAGAUGCUGAGUUCGUCCCUCUUCGUUCAAUAGUUCGUGGUGCAGCUAUGGCCCCAGACUACGAAGUUUCUGGCGACUUCUUUCUCAUUGACACAGUCGAUUCUGAUUGGUUCUUGCGCACAAAGAAGAUGUGGUCCGAAUUGCCAGCGAAGCAUACCUAA